AGCGGGCGGACAUCGAUGAGUCGGCGCUCGGCGCUCGACGUCGGGGCCUGGUUGGGCCUGGCGCGCCUGCAGCUCUCGCUCCAGGCCUUCGACGGCCCACGUUAUUCGUCAAAAAAAUGGAUAUCAGACCAAACCAUACCAUUUAUAUCAACAACAUGAAUGACAAGAUUAAAAAAGAAGAACUGAAAAGAUCCUUGUAUGCACUGUUUUCUCAGUUUGGACAUGUAGUAGAUAUUGUGGCUUUAAAAACUAUGAAGAUGAGAGGACAGGCCUUUGUUAUAUUUAAGGAACUUGGCUCAUCCACGAACGCAUUACGGCAGUUACAAGGGUUCCCAUUUUAUGGUAAACCAAUGCGCAUUCAGUAUGCAAAAACAGACUCCGAUUUAAUCUCUAAAAUGCGUGGCACAUUUGCUGAUAAAGAAAAGAAGAAAGAAAAGAAGAAAGCUAAAACUGUGGAGCAGGCUGCUAAUGCUGCAAACAAAAAGCCUGGACAGGGGGCACCAAAUGCAGCUAAUCCCCAAGGAAAUGCAGCACAGAAUCCCCAGGUCCCUGACAACCCACCGAAUUAUAUCCUAUUCCUCAAUAACUUGCCAGAGGAGACUAAUGAAAUGAUGUUAUCUAUGCUGUUUAAUCAGUUUCCUGGUUUCAAAGAAGUGCGCUUGGUUCCUGGGAGACACGACAUUGCCUUUGUGGAGUUUGAGAACGAUGGGCAGGCCGGAGCUGCCCGGGAUGCCCUCCAAGGAUUCAAGAUCACACCCUCCCAUGCCAUGAAGAUCACUUAUGCCAAGAAAUGAUAGCAAGAUACUCUUCUGGAGAGGACUUCUGUCAUCUGAUUUUAUUUAUGGUUUUUCUCUUCUUCCAUUUGAUCGGGAAACACUUUUGAGGUGUGAAAAAACCCUUGUUUAAAAAGCCCUUCAGUCUUGGUGAACGUACCUCCAUUUGUACAAUAAAGGUUUUUUAAAAAAAA